AUGCAGUUCACCACCUCCUUCAUCCUCGCCGCGACGCUCUUCGCAGCUGUCCACGCAGCCCCGCUGACGCACUCGUCGCGACAGGCGGCGACCGAUGUCCAACAAUUUUACGACCAUGUGGGUGAAGAGUGGCAUGAUUUGACGCACCCAUUCUGA